GAGGACAAACGGGGGACGAUGUCGGAGGUGCGACACGACAGCACGAGCAGUUUACAGCGGAAAAAGCCACCAUGGUUAAAACUGGACAUCCCGGUGCCAGUGCCGGUGUCGGUGCCAGAAGAGCCCCAGCCCGUGCAGCCAACGAGACGUCAGGCCUUUCUGCGCAGCGUGAGCAUGCCCGCCGACAACACCCGCGUGCCCUCCCUGCCUAACGAAGUGAGGAGACCGGUGCUACAACGACAGACCUCAAUCACCCAGACCAUCAAGAGAGGCACAGCAGACUGGUUUGGGGUGAGCAAAGACAGCGACGCUACUCAGAAAUGGCAAAGAAAGAGCCUCCGCCACUGCAGCCUGCGGUAUGGGAAGCUGAAACCUCAGGUCAUCCGGGAAAUGGACUUGCCCAGUCAGGACAAUAUUUCUCUAACAAGCACAGAGACUCCUCCUCCGCUCUAUGUCGGACCCUGCCAGCUGGGCAUGCAAAAGAUCAUAGAUCCCCUGGCCCGCGGCCGAGCUUUCCGUAUGGCUGACGACAACGAUGGCUGCAGCAUCCCCCACACACCCAUCACCCCAGGUGCCACGUCGCUCUGCUCCUUCACCAGCUCGCGCUCAGGGUUCAAUCGCCUGCCUCGGCGGCGGAAACGGGAGUCUGUGGCCAAAAUGAGUUUCCGAGCAGCUGCGGCUUUGGUGAAGGGCCGCUCUGUGAAGGACAGCACCCUGAGGAGAGCUCAGCGACGCAGCUUCACCCCAGCAAGUUUCCUGGAGGAGGACACGGUGGAUUUUCCAGAUGAGCUCGACACUUCGUUCUUUGCUCGGGAAGGAGUCCUUCAUGAGGAGCUCUCCACUUAUCCGGAUGAAGUGUUCGAGUCGCCAUCAGAAGCUGCAAUCAAGGAGGCUGAGGUGAAGCCUCCAGAUCAGACAGAUCUCACAGGAGGUGCCUUGGACAAAAAUGAGCUUGAAAGAAGCCACUUGCUACUCCCACUGGAGCGAGGCUGGAGGAAGCAAAAGGAUGGGGCCCUGGCACAGCCCAAGGUCCGCUUGCGGCAGGAGGUGGUGAGUGUCAGCCCCCAGAAGCGAGGCCAGCGCAUCGCCGUCCCUGUCAGGAAGCUCUUUGCCAAGGAGAAGAGGCCGUAUGGCCUGGGGAUGGUGGGGAAGCUGACAAACCGUACAUACCGCAAGCGCAUCGACAGCUACGUCAAGCGGCAGAUUGAGGACAUGGAUGAUCACAGGCCUUUCUUCACGUACUGGGUCACCUUUGUGCAUUCACUCAUCACCAUCCUCGCUGUGUGCAUCUACGGCAUCGCCCCUGUGGGGUUCUCACAACAUGAAACUGUUGAUUCAGAGGCCUUGAUCCACCUAGGGGCCAAGUUCUCCCCGUGCAUGAGGCAGGACCAGCAAGUGCACAGCUUCAUCAGCGCCAAGCGGGAGAAGGAGAAGCACUCGGCUUGCUGCGUGCGGAACGACAAGUCAGGCUGUGUGCAGACCUCAGAGGAGGAGUGCUCGUCCACGUUGGCCGUGUGGGUGAAGUGGCCCCAUCACCCCAGCACACCAAUGCUGGCAGGAAGCAAGAGGCAGUUUGGGUCUGUUUGUCAUCAAGACCCCAGAGUGUGUGAGCAACCAGCCUCGAUGGAGCCGCAUGAGUGGCCAGAUGACAUCACCAAAUGGCCGAUCUGCACAAAAAACAGCGCUGGGAAUUACACCAACCACCUUCACAUGGACUGUGUGAUUACAGGCCGGCCCUGCUGCAUUGGGACCAAGGGAAGGUGUGAAAUAACCUCCCGGGAGUAUUGUGAAUUUAUGCGGGGCUAUUUCCAUGAGGAGGCAACACUCUGCUCUCAGGUGCACUGCAUGGAUGAUGUCUGUGGGCUCCUCCCUUUCCUAAAUCCAGAAGUCCCUGACCAGUUCUACCGCCUCUGGCUCUCACUUUUCCUCCAUGCUGGGAUCCUGCACUGUCUGGUUUCAGUCUGUUUCCAAAUGACGAUCCUGCGGGACCUAGAGAAGCUGGCAGGAUGGCAUCGCAUCUCCAUCAUCUACCUGCUCAGUGGCAUCACUGGGAACCUUGCCAGUGCAAUAUUUCUACCCUACAGAGCAGAGGUUGGCCCUGCAGGAUCCCAGUUUGGGAUUCUGGCCUGUCUCUUUGUGGAGCUCUUCCAGAGUUGGCAAAUCCUGGCACGCCCAUGGAGGGCUUUCUUCAAGCUGCUGGCUGUGGUGCUCUUUCUUUUUGCCUUUGGCCUCCUGCCUUGGAUUGAUAAUUUUGCUCACAUUUCAGGAUUUAUCAGUGGUUUCUUCCUCUCCUUUGCCUUCCUGCCCUACAUUAGCUUUGGGAAGUUUGAUUUAUAUAGGAAGCGAUGCCAAAUCAUAGUUUUCCAGCUCAUCUUCAUUGCACUCUUCUCAGGACUUGUGAUUCUAUUCUAUUUCUACCCCAUCAAGUGUGAGUGGUGCGAGUUCCUUACUUGUAUACCAUUCACAGACAAAUUCUGCGAGAAAUACGACCUGGACGCGCAGCUCCACUGAAAGCAAAGUCUGGCUUCUCGAGCAGGCACUGGAGAUGGCCUGUCUUUGCGUUUGCUGUGCCAGUUCCAUGUGGACAAAGCCUCUAAUCCAAUGACACUUCUAACCCUGCCCGUGGUUAAUUUAAACUGUCUCCUUAGCACUUGGCAGGCAUGUUUUGCCUUAUCUCAGAAGACUCUGAAAACAGAACGUUUGUGCCUUGUUCAAUUGUAUUGAACCUUUUCUGCUGCCAUUAUUUUUAUUACACUAGUUUCAAUACUACAUUUUUAACCAAGAGUUGUUUACUACUGCUAAGGUGGUGAUUAAAUGGUAAGGUAGCGUUUUAGCUACUGCUAAUUGUU